AUGGAAAUGUGGACGUCCCACUUCCACUGCCGCCAACAGCUGGUGUGUUGCUGUGAGCCUUGCAUUGGAAGGUUGAAUCAAUCCUUCGAAACCAAAAUUAAUCACUGUUGAGACAACAUGGAUGACCAAGAUUUUGACGGUAGUGAUGAGACAAUCUCUGUUUCCGCACGACAGUUGGCUGUUGGCAGAGCUGGUACUCCCACUGAGGAAGAUGAGCGAAGCGAAGUCUUCGUGACGAAAGUGGAACCUCCAACAGAACUAACCACAACGGAGAUCUCUCAAGACGUGCCGUCGGAUAAAGAAUCCUGUCGUGACGAGACGGAACGCACGGCAUCAGUUGCUUUUGGCACCGAGAGCAUUGGACCUGAUGAUGCUGAUAUUAAUAAGGAGGAACGUGAAGAAGACACAGAAUCUUCUAUAACUACGAGUACUGGCAAUUCGGACAGACCGGCUCCCGUCAAGUGGGCCAAGUGGACCCAGCUCACCGACAAAUUACACGAAGCCAACCAAAAGUUUGUGCUGAAACUGGCCCUGACCGCUGCACGAAACCCGUUUCGAUGCAUUGUGGGUAUCAUCCUACUCUCUUUUACUCUUUUGUUAGCUGGCUUGGCAACCAAUUUUCACAUCAAUGUGGAAGAAACUGAGAUAUAUGCUCCUUUUGACAGUCUCCCUCGUCUUCAUUCCAAUUGGUACGACACGGAGUCUGGCUUCGAGGAAGCUACCCGAGGCACAAUCUUGAUGAUCCAUAACAAUGGGGGGAAUGUACUAGAUACAAGUGCCAUGAAGAAGGUCUUCGAAGCCGUGGAUGCUGUGCGGAACACCACGGGUUACACGGAUGUUUGCCGGGAUGGGGCUUAUUGGGAUGGCUACAACCAAGAGUUCACUUGUAGGAUCAUGUCAGCAACUCGAUUCUGGUAUCAUGAUGUAGACUUGUUUGACAGUCAAGUACAAAGCGAAGAUGACCUGAUUCGGCAGUUGUCAGCCCAAGAAUUUCCAGGGGAGGUGCCCGUGGAUCAUGAAUACAUCAUGGGCAAUCUACAGCGCGAUGACAGUGGCAACAUCACCUACAUCCCUUCCUUUUUUGUGUACAUAUUCCUUAACGACAAGGGAGAAAAGACUCUCGAGUUUGAAUCGGCUGUCUUGGAGACACUUGCUGCCUUACAGGAUCAAUGGGAUCAAGACAACUCCCUCAACCUACAUCUUGAUUACCUUUCUGAGCGAUCCCCUUCUGAUGAGUUCCGUCGAGCUAUUGAAGAAGAUAUGUUUCUUCUGCCCAUAAUCUUCUUUGUCAUGAGUGGAUUCACCUGUUUCGUGUUCUUCAAAGACAACCGUGUUCAAUCGAGGUGUCUCCUGGGAGUUGGAAGUGUCACUACUAUUCUCAUGUCACUCAUGACUGGCUUUGGCGCCCUCUUCAUUUUUGGCGUUCCUUUCACCAGCAUGACUCAGCUGCUUCCAUUCGUAGUCUUUGGUGUCGGGCUUGAUGACACGUUCAUCAUUACUGGAGCCUACCUUCGGUCAGAUGCCAAUCUGGAAACCGAAGAAAGGAUUCGCAUGGCCAUGACCGAAGUGGGGUCAAGUAUAAGCGUGACAACCAUCACCACUGCUUCGGCCUUUCUGCUUGGAUUGACUUCAAGUGUCCCCGCCAUCCAUUGGCUUUGCCUCUAUGCUUGGCCCACCAUCAUCAUUGAUUACCUUUACCAAAUUACAUUCUUUGUAGCCAUUCUGGUCUUGGAUGAGAGGAGAAUUCAAGCCAACCGAAAGGAUAUUGUGAUCUGUUGUAAGGGCAACACAGCAGGUGCCCACACCGAGAGUGGGGAGUCACCCACCAGCGUUGCGCCGAUGGACACUUCAGGUCAUUCCCAGCACUUUGCUGACAAAGUCAUGGCAUGGUAUGCACGCCGACUUCUCAAACCAGUGUCCCAGGUAGUUGUCUUGGGUUUAUUCUCGACAUUCUUUGGCUAUUGCAUCAUCCGAACGACCAUGCUGAGGCAAGAAUUUGAUGUCAAGGCUUUGUUCCCUGAUGGGUCUUACAUGAUUUCUGCCAUGGACAGCAUGUAUGCUUAUCAGGAGAGGUCAAUUCUCUUUCAUAUCUUCUUCCGGAAUGAGGAUCAAGGGGAUCCCGCCAUACAGCAGCAAAUGAUCUCCUUUGUAGAAGAGAUCCAAGCCCUACCUGCUUUUGGAGCCGCACCACCACUGUGUUGGGUUCGUGACUUACAGAGACUUCAGGAGACAGGAUACUAUGAUGUGGUGGAAGACAUGUCUUUUGAAGAACAGAUUCAGUUUGCUAUGGACAUCCCAGCCUUCAAGGAGGGCUACGGCAAAGAUAUUGUCAUUGACAAUGACACUGGCAAGAUUACAGCAUCACGAUGCACUAUUCUAGCCCAAAACUCCUUCAUGGACACAGUGGAAAACCAGAUUGACUUCCUGAAUGAUCAGCGGGCAGUUACCACAGCACAAGUUGUCAACCAGGGGAAGCUGGAUGGCCAAGAGUCUUUCUUUACCUACAAGGAUAUCUAUUUGAUCUGGGAGUUCUACAAUAUUGCCAUCAGUGAAUUGAUCAUGUCAACUGUGUUGAGCAUUGCUGCUGUGAGCAUCAUCACUUUGAUUUUCAUACCCCACUGGUCUGCUGUGUGCUUUAUUAUUCCCAUGGUAUCGGUUGUCUACAUUGAUUUGCUGGGUGUGAUGCAGCUUGCAGGCCUUGACAUCAAUGCUGUAACAUUUGUGUGCUUGGUGAUCUCCAUUGGCUUGAUUGUCGACUUUCUUCUACACAUUAUGCUGAGAUAUGUGGAAUCUAAAGCUCCCACAAGGGAGGAACGGGUCAAAGAAACCUUGGAGACAAUGGGAAGCUCUAUUCUUCUUGGUGGUGUGUCAACCUUGUUGGGCAUUCUUCCGUUGGCUUUCAGCAGCAGCACGAUUAUGCGAACAGUCUUUACAUCUCUUUGUUCCAUGGUGGUGCUUGCCGUGGCACAUGGAUUGAUGGUGCUGCCGGUGUUGCUGUCUUUCUUUGGGCCAAUCACCUCAGCCUUCCCUGAUGAACCUGAUGAAAUCUACGUGGAAGGCAACGACGAGUCUCCGUCUCUCGAACAAGGCAAAGGACCUUUGGAACAAGGGCCAACUAUGUCUCCGACAAUGUCCGAUGUUACCUCUCCUGCAGCACCGAUUGAAUACGCUUCUCAUUGCUAGGGCGCUCAUGCCUUGUGAUGCCUGCGACUCUUUAAGUUAGUCGAUUGUGAUUCAUUACUAUCUACACACUACUUUCAUAAUAAUCAACUACUGGGAAAAAACAGAAGGGGCUUCUCUGUCACAGAUCAACGG